AUGGUCAAGUGGUCAAGUGGAAGAAAGAUGGUGGAAUUUGCCCAACAGACUGGUUUUAAACUUUUAACUUCUACACCAUAUUAUGCACAAGCAAAUGGUCAAGUGAAAGCAGCUAAUAAAAUUAUUAUUGGCUUGAUUAGAAAGCAUAUUGCCCAAAGGCCUAGAAAUUGGAAUAAGACUUUAGAUCAAGUUUUAUGGGCAUGCAGAAAUUCUCCAAAGGAAUCAACUAACACCACACCUUUUCGACUAACAUAUGGGCACGAUGCAGUCUUGCCAGUCGAAAUACAUCUACAAUCAGUUAGAAUUCAAAGGCAGAUGAAAAUCCCAAGAGAUCACCAUUGGGAUAUGAUGUUAGAUGAAUUAGUUGAUUUAGAUGAGGAGAGGAUAAAAGCUUUAGAAAUGUUAUCUCGACAGAAAGAAAGAGUUGCUAAAGCUUAUAACAAAAAGGUUAAGUCUAAAUCCUUUUCUAGGCCAAGACUUGACCUUUCCACCAGUAAUUGCUUGACAUAG